AUGAUGGUGGGCGCGCGGUUCACCUACUCUGCAGACCACUUUGAAGCAUGGCAAUCUGGUGAUUCGGUGAACAUGGUGAACGACCGAGAUCCCAUCGAAUCCAUGAAGCUGCAUUGUCUGUGGCCAGCCUUCCGUUUGGGCGCCUUUCAGGAUGAUGCGAACUCCUCAGAGUUGCUGCCCCAGGAGGCCCCCUACUGGAAGCUGCGUCUGCUGCGCUGCGGCGACGGCGCCAACGCCGCGCCGUGCACGGCGCGGCUGCAGGCGCUGCUGGGCUUCCGCCGUGAGGCCAAGCAGAUUCGCUCGGCGGAGCAGAGCAUGCAGACGCAGGUGCCCAAAACGGCGAUGGCUUCAUUGACUGCAGCCAUUCAAGAGUCCUUAGAGUCGAUCUUGCUGCCAACAGCAGGUGAGAUGGAGCAGAUGACCGAGUCCUGCAUGACCUCCCCGGUGGUCCCCGCUGCCGCCGUGGCCAACGGCCUCGACAAACACGGCGUCUUCCCGGCGGCGCGGCGCGGCGGACGGCUGGUGCAGAUGGCAGAGUUCAGCGCACGGAUGCGGUGCUUCAAAGGUGCCGUGAUGCUGUGGUGCAGUGUCCUUGGACGGAUGCGACAGCAAUGGGAUGCCUUAGAAGCGCCUGCGGGUGCAUCGCCACCCACCCAUCGAGUCCCAGCCCGAGGGGUUCGGACGGAGUUCUUCGACAGUAGCAUGUGUUUGGCUCAGCAGAAGAUGGAGCUACUGCAGCGCAGCAUCCAGCAAGCGCGAAACGAAGCGCGGGAUGCGCGGGGAGCUCUUGUCCAGCCUAACACGGAGGCUACUGACCUUGCUUCGGGCGCCAUCAAAGCUCCAGCGUUGCUUCACUCUGCGCUGCUGACGGACGACCUGCUGCUGCAACGGGACACUGCCAGCGCCAGCAUCCUUGACUCCACAGAGCGGGCAGAGCUGGAUGGCCGCGAGAUGCGCGCAGACAUGGCGGCUUUCAAAGCGGAGAACUCGGCGGCGCAGCUGGGCGAUUUCUUUCGCUGGAGGGAGGAGAUGGAGGGCCUGAGUCUAAAGCCCUUCCCUUCUGAAUGGCUGCGAGAGAUCUGGGAUCAAACUGAAGCGAAAUUGGCUUUGGAGCAGCAGCAGAAGCUCUUUGAACCAUUUCGCGAAGCAGAAAUGGCGCUCCAUUACCUGGAAAGCAUCGAAGGUCCCCAACUGCUCCUGCAGCUUUUUCGGGUCUUGUUGCGAAACACCUUGGAGGAGUUGAAUCAGCAGAUGGCUGAAGCUGGAAACCCCACAUAUUUACGAGUUCUACGUGAUCGAGUGGUCUCAACCAGCUCCCAAGCCUUUCGUUCUGGAGCUGCAACGGUCGCGGAGGAAGUUGAUGUGCAGGCCACCUUGGAGGAGCUGGCGGAGUUUCCGGAGGAGGAAAACCUGCAGAGCAUCCUUGCGGCCCUGGAAGUCUUAGAAUCUUCAACCAGACUGGCCUCUUCAAUCCGUGCCAAGUUGGGAGACCAUGCUGAUGGCCUGUUAGAGGAUUUGUUGACCGAAGGGGAGGCAGACGUGACAUUGCCGGAGCAGCGCUUGGCCAUCGAAGUCUUGUUCGAGCAGAGCAAGGCGCUGGGGGGGCGACGGCGUCAUCUGCGGCCCAGUGGCGCACCGCUGGGACGGGACGAAGUGAAGACGGCAUUGGGGGUCUUUGAGAGCUUGCCAUUGGCCAAAGAGUUCGUGCUGCAGUUGCAGCCCAGCAACAGCAGGGAGGAGAAUCAUUGCCGCCGGCGCAUGUACGCGGAGGUGCGGGAGAACCACAUGCGCCUGGCCUUGGUCCGGGACCUGGCCUUCGGCUGACGCAGGAAGGAGCUCUUGAAGGUUGACCUGGAAACGCUGGAUGUGAUCGCCCCGCAGAGAUCGCCACGCUGUGACGUCCCAAAGAUGGCGUUCUUCAGCGUGGGCGAGGAGAAAAGAUGUGCGUUGCGAGGCAGUGGAGGUUGAUGUUUUUGGACACAAA